AUGGCAGCAAGUACAUUUUUAGUGCAACAGAUCCCUGAUAAGGUGUAUUACCACCUAGAUCAAGUUACAAAACUGGUAGAGUAUUAUGAAAAUGAAGAAGUGCUUCUGGUACAUAUUCCUGAUACAUCCAAUAUUACAAGCAGGUCUCUGUGCUACCGGAUUAGUGGGGUACAUCCAUCAGGAAGGGGAAGCCAGGAAGGGAUGCUAGAGGACUCAUGGAAAGCUCAAAUUGACCAAACUUCAAGCAAUCCUUUGGAGGAAAUUUCCAACACAAAUGAGAUACUUUUAUCGGACAAGGUCCACUGGGAAGAGAUGAUGAAGAGCAUGAUAGAUGAAGGCAAAAUUGAGACGAUUUCAAGCUCAGAAAAAGUUUCACGUUCCCAAAUUUUAAGAGCAUUUCUGUUGUUGAAAGAGUUACCACCCAAGGUGUCAGAAGUCAUUAAUCUUCAUAAGAAAAAAAUGCAACAGAUAGCGAACGACUCUGGCUUUGAACAAUGGUGGAAGGCAAUGAAAACAACACAAGAGGCUAGUUCUGAGGGCAAGCCAGAAGAUGAUCAUCCUCCCACAUACUAUUCUGAUCUGGUGCAGGAAACAAAUGAGAUACUUUUAUCAGAAAAGGGCAACUGGGAAGCAAUGAUGACGGAGAUGUUGGAUAAAAUCAAACUUGACUGGAGUUCAAUUGUGCAAAUUUCACUUUUCCGAAUUCUCAGAGGAUUUCUCACAUUGGAAGAUCUACCUCCCAAUUUUUUAGGAGUUAUUGAUUCCAAGUUGACUAGGAUAGAAACUGCUGCAAAGAUGCCACUAGGAAUGGAACGAUUGUGGGAUGAGCUGAAAGAAACAAGGGAGCUGAUUGAAAGAGCUCAAGAACGCCAAAGCGUAUCCGAUCUUGCAGUACGCUCUAGGGAACCAGAAGUACUUGGUAUCCAAGAACACAAAUAUAAUAAUCAGGCUUUACAUUACCAUGAGGUUCCGGCUUUGACCUCUAAGGGAAUUGAGAAUCAGCGAAGGUUAAAAAAUCCUUCAACCUUGCAUUUGCCUGCUGAGCCAUAUCUUUGCAAUGAAGACUCUCAGAGAAAAUCUUGGACAGUGUCCGCUUAA